CUAUAUAACGUGCGGCCCACGCCACCUCAGUACCAGUCUGCUCCCACCUACCGCUCCAGCAUCCUGCUUCAGCUGCGCCUCAGUUUCGACCCCGUCCAUCAGUUCCAAAGAACUUGACAUACAGGAUGUUUCUGAGAGUGAGCGCGUGGGCGGCAGUAGUGGGUGUGUGGACGACCGUCGCUCUUGCUGCUGUUGUGUUGCCGGAAUAUGAAAGUGACGCGGUGAGUGAGAGGCAGGAAGGGCUGGACCAGCUGGCAUCGUCUCUGUGUGAGCUGAUGCCUGACCUGCCGGGCUGCCAAGCUCUCAACGACACCCUCUCCUUUGAAGGCGAAGGAAGUGGUGAUGUGAAGGAGAAGCAGCCUGACAUCCUUCCCUCCACCUUACACCACCACAAAACAGGUAGGUGUACUCUACCUUACACCAACACAGGCAGGUGUCGUGGUGUACUCUACCUUACACCACCACAACAGAGGUAGGUGUAGUGGUGUACA